UAUAACAAGACCGUGGCUAGGUGUUAGAGUGGCAUCGAAUACUGAUUUAUAAAGUCAGUAGAAAUGAGAAAUAUACUUUGUCAACGUUAAACCUUACGCGAGAAAGUUUGAAAAGGUCACAAGUGACGAAAAAAUUAUAUGUGACUCAAUGAUACGUGAAAACGAAAUAAGGAACCGAAUGAGAAAAAAAAGAUUGAUUCAUUUUUCAGAAUCGUCGUACGCCAUCGUGCGGCAGCCGGUGAAUAAGCAGCGUUGGUUGAAGCAGCCGGUAACAAAAUCAGCGCGUGCCUCGUUUCUAUAUGUCUGAAACAGAUUUGUUAGCCAGCGAUCAAAUUGACGGCCUAGAUGGCUUAGAAAAUGGUCAGGAUGGCGAUACUUUGAUGCGAGGUGACGGAGAUCAUAACAACAGCGAAGCAAACGUUGAUGACCCUGAAUUGGAGGCAAUAAAAGCACGUGUCAGGGAAAUGGAGGAAGAAGCAGAAAAAUUAAAACAAUUGCAAUCCGAGGUUGACAAGCAAAUGAACAUGGGCAGCCCUCCUGGCAUCACUAGCCCAUUAAACAUGUCUUUGGAAGAGAAAAUGGAAGUGGAUAAUAGAUCGAUUUAUGUUGGAAAUGUUGAUUAUGGAGCAACAGCUGAGGAAUUGGAGCAGCAUUUCCACGGGUGCGGCAGUAUCAACAGAGUGACAAUUUUGUGCAAUAAGUUCGAUGGUCAUCCCAAAGGUUUUGCUUACAUUGAAUUUGGGGAUCGUGAUUCGGUCCAGACUGCGAUGGCUAUGGAUGAGUCUUUAUUCCGAGGUCGUCAAAUCAAAGUGAUGCCCAAGAGAACUAAUAGACCAGGCAUGUCAAUCACCAACAGAGGACCUAGAGGAGCACGUGGAUUCAGAGGAGCUGCUCGAAUCAGUCGUGGUAGCGCCUAUUUUGGCUGCCGAUAUGCAAGGCGACCCAGAAGUUACAGGCGUGGCUACUACAUGCCCUACUGACGCUUGUAGACCUUCGAUAUGAGGAGAGGUGCCAUCUGAUUCAUAUUCAGGAAAAAAAACUCAAACGAUGGAAAAAAAAGAGAGAGAAAAAAAGCCACAUGUCAAAAGAAAAAAAAAGAUUGGACAAAGCGGGCACAAUUAUUCCUAUUUCGUAAUUUUAUCGAAUCAAAAAAAAAAAAGUAAAGAUGAAAAGAAAGAAAAAAACGACAACAAAGAAAAAAAGAACCACUGAUUCUUUAAUACCAGAUCGUCAAUCAUUCGCAAUUGUAGUUCAAUUUAUUUGAUAAUAAUUGCAGCAAUUUAUUUUUUAGCGUAAGUUUUCAAUCACCCUACAGAGGCAACUUAUCGUAGGUCUUCCCGAUCUCGAAGAUUUUAGGUAGCUGCAAGUAAAUAUUCAAUUUUUAUAUAUUUGACAUUGAUUCAAAGAGGGAGAAUGUUUCUCAUUCAAAAUAUAUUCUGUCGUUUAACCAUGUCGAUGGCAAACAUUUAAAAGAUUCAUUUCGUACGUAAUGAUUAUUGAUGUAUCAAUCUAGUGUUGUAAUUUAUUAUCUCUGUACUUUAGGCACCAUAUAUUUUUUAUUACAAAAUAAGUGUUCAUCGUAUAACUAUAACGCGACAGCAAAAAAUGAUGAAAACAGCAAUGAGACCUGGAUCAAUAAGAAUAAUAUUGUAGCAAUCAGUUCUUCAUGUAAAAAUGUUACAUUGAAUACUUUUUUCCUUCAAAUUCUUUUUUUUUUUUCUUUUUUUUUUCCUCAUGCCUUGGUAAGUUGGAAUGAUUUUUGUAGGAGCAAUUUUUUUUUGCGUCGGUAUUGUAAUUAUCGAUCAAGACAAGCUGUCGUUUUGCUAUUUAUAGUUCAAUGCCCAAGUUAAUUAAACAAAUUGUUUGAGUUUAUUCCUGACUUCGAUUAUUUUAUUUCAUUUUUUUCACUUUUCUCUGAAACAGUUUAACGUACAAGUAAUAUCUAUUGGUCCAGAUCAUUUGUCUUAUAGCAAUUUGUAAAAAUACAAAAUACGAACUCAUGCAAUAAAAAUCUGUCAUUAACUUCAUCAUAAUUCCAAAUAUCAAACGAUUGUCAGGCACAUAAUUAUUCAGGUAUUGUUUUAUGUACGCAGUAAAUGCUCAUGGCAGAACACCUUUUUCAUAUGUUAUACCUACAAAGGAGUGUGUUUGGAAUCACAAGUUCUUU